GGCUCGGAAUGUCCACUAUCUCCAGGGACCAAUAUCAAAUUCUCCUCUAAUACGCAUUCCUGUGUAAGGUCAGGGGGGAAAUCUACCAAGUGUCCUGAAGAUGAGACACACCACAUUGUGAGCUUGUGAUGCCAACAAACAUUUCAUGGACCAAAGGAACUCUUCUGUCAAGACAAAUGGAAAAGUCAGAUUGCACAUGUUUCCCUUUGUCACUUUCUACUUGCAUGAAAAGAUGAUUUGAGCAAUGGUCAGUCAUCACAUUGUCACUAUCUCCCUGCGAUUACUGAGUGAUUGUCUGUGAAUCCCAAAAUUCUUUGUCUCAAGGGAAUCCCCCUUCAAUACGGAAAUCCACAACACAGGUGCCACCUGCCCCCCCUCCCUAAAGCUAAACUAAACAUUUGCAUUAAUUUCCCUCCACCCCCUUUGUAUUUUAUGGAAUGACUUUGGUUUUGGAGCACAUUUUUGACAAGUCCACUCAUCAGACCACCAUCAAUAUUGCUGCAGGCUCAUGAGGGAAAACAAUCCAAUACUAUAAUUAGGCUACAAUGGAACUAGGCCACAAAGACCUGUUUGCUGUAUGAUAUACAUUGUUGAUUUCUAAGAGGGACAGUGUACGUAUGAACGUGUUGCAGGCAUCGGAUGGUCAUUCAGGCAGCCAUGCGAGGACAGCGUGUUGUAGAGAGCCUAUGUAAGUGCUGGAACCCGACUUUGUGUCUGCUGGUGACCUUGCUUGGAUCGCUUGUUUUGGUGGCGCUCGGUGUGCUCUCGCGAUUAGGAGACAUCAAAAUAAGUAGACGUGCUGCACCUACCAAUGAGCAGCAAUACCCAGUGAAGAAGCAUUACCAAGUGCGACUGACAGACGGGCCUAACAGGUGCGAGGGCCGCGUGGAAGUCUACUACAAUGACAACUGGGGCACCGUGUGUGACGAUGACUGGGACAUGCUGGAUGCCCAAGUCGUGUGUCAUCAGCUGGACUGCGGAGUGGCUGUGGCUAUGGGUAGCACCUCUCACUAUGGACAAACCUAUCUACCUAUCGUGCUGGAUAAUGUGGACUGCCAGGGUUGGGAAACAAACCUGGGUCACUGUGACAGUCUGGGCUGGGGCGUACACAACUGUUACCACUAUGAGGAUGUGUCCAUCAAAUGUCGAGAACCACUGGUGGUAGGAGCAAAAGCGUCAGGGGGUAUUACAACAGCACCUCCCAAGAAUGCAAUCUUAGACGGCACCGUACGUCUUGUAGAGGGAAAGGACUCCUGCCAGGGCCGGGUGGAGAUCUACUACAAGGGACGCUGGGGGACGGUGUGCGAUGACGAUUGGGAUGCCAGGGAGGCUGAAGUCGUCUGCCGCCAGUUAGGUUGUGGCCAAGUCGUGUCGGCUCACACCAACUCCUACUUUGGUUACGGCACCGGACAUAUUCUUCUGGACAACAUCAACUGCAUUGGCAGUGAGGAGCAACUCGCUCAAUGUGCAAACCUUGGUUGGAGCAACCACAACUGUGGGCAUCAUGAAGAUGCUGGCAUCACCUGCUCUGGUACAGGACCCACCAAAACUGUGCCUCCAGUUUACCCAUCCACUGAAAGCCUAGGGUCCACCCGGUCCACGCAGGAAACAGCAGCAACAAAUGUUGAUGUCACAGCUACAGAACUCAUGACAAGUAUUCAGACCGCUCCUCAAACAAAAGCUCCAAUGGCUAUUCGCGUGGUGAACGGAUACGACAGCUGCCAGGGUCGCGUGGAAGUGCAGUACAAUAACGUAUGGGGCACAGUUUGCGACGAUGGCUGGCAUAUGGCCAAUGCCGUAGUGGUAUGUAGGCAGCUGGGCUGCGGCAUGGCUCUUGAAGCCAAAUCACAGGCCUAUUUUGGCUACGGUUCCGGUCCCAUCCUGCUGGACAAUGUACAUUGUACUGGUGAAGAAACACAUCUGUCCAGGUGCAUCCAUUCCGGUGUGGGGCAACACAACUGUGGCCAUCAUGAGGAUGCGGGAGUUAUUUGUACACCGGCUAUACCCUUCAGUGGAUUUGCCCGUGAUUUUAGCAUAAUAGAUGACACGGCCACCGACGACCCCACCACCUCCAUGCCUGAUGGAACACUGAGGCUGGUCGAUGGUCAGCAUGAAUGCGAAGGUCGCUUGGAGAUGUACUUAAAUUCUGGAUGGGGCACAGUGUGUGACGACGCAUGGGACAUCCCCGACGCCAAGGUCGUGUGCCGCCAGCUCGGCUGUGGGGAGGCCAUCGCGGCGUGGGGGGAAGCCCACUUUGGUCAAGGAACGGGAACAAUCCUAUUGGACAAUCUCAAGUGCAACGGUAGCGAAGUCUCCCUGCGGAAUUGCUCUCAUAUAGCCUGGAACGUGCACAACUGUGACCACUCAGAAGAUGCCGGUGUCACCUGCACACUGUUAUGACUAUAAAAGAAGCGCUCCUACCGAAUAGGUCGAGUCAUUGCAGCAAUACUGGACUUGUGUAUAAAAUGUAAAUAACAGCGGUAACGGGAAUAUUCCGCUGCUGUUGGAAUUCAUGCAUCACGUAAUAACUAGUGACAAUAUACGAUAAAAUAAAAUGACACCUCGGAAUGGUAACGUCCAAUGUCUAUUAAGCACUUUACAAUUCACUAGGAGAAGAAACAUUUUUUCUAUCCGCCCUAGUUUUCAAAUUCGAUAUUUCUCUCUAAAACUAUAAAUGACAGCGAAUGUACCACAUGGAAGAACGUAAAAGGGCAAAGAAGAACAAUAACAAUGCUAAGAGCAAGUAUGACCGGAAAUAACCGGCUUGUGAAUAUAGUGUAUCGCUCCCUCCCUUGAAAAUUAAAUUAUACUUGUUUUUUUUUUUUUUAAAUCUCAAAUAUGCAUGUAUUGCAAAAACAA